AUGGAGAGCGGCCAAAGGAGCAACGACGGCCAGCCCCUGCCUCCUCUCCAGCACGUCCAGGGAUCCAUAGGUCAAUUGAUGUUGGGCACCAAUCUUGCUCCUAUUUGGGUGGGCUAUAGCUUUGUCAGGCUGCCAUCAUAUUCUGAUCUUCCAGUGUUCCUUCUGCGGUGUGGAGGAGGUGUGGAAAUUCCCAAACCGAAACCCUGGCUCCUCUCUCUGCUCGGCACCGCCUACACCAGCGGCUUCGACAGUCAAUCCUCAGCGCCUGUAGCGACAAAGCUCUGGAAGGAGUGUGAUUGUGCUAGCAGAGUAAAAUACUGGAAUCGCUCUGACUGCUCCUGGACUUCCAAGGUGACGCUGGGAGAUUCGUUCUGCCACUUUGCCUAUACUCCGCCUGAUCACCGUUCAUCCAGAGAAAAGGAGAGGAAGGGGAUGGAUGAGCAAGGACCAGAAGGACCAGAAGAAGAAGGGCAAGGGAGAUGGGGCGAUGUGCAUGUCCAUGGAGAUUAG